AUGGCUGGUUGUCAGGUAAAUUCAUCCAAGGGUAUGUUGACAUUUAAUGAUGUGGUGAUUGAGUUCUCAAAGGAGGAGUGGGACUCUUUGGACCCAUCUCAGAGGGUUUUGUACAAGGACGUUAUGUUGGAGAACUACAGUAAUCUUGUCUCUGUGGUUCUCACAGUCUCUAAACCGGACCUUGUCAUAUUUCUGGAACAAGGACAAGAUCCCUGCAGAGAGAAGAAAGAGGAGACAGCUGAAAAGCAUCCAGGUAUGUCUUUUCAUUACAAACAAACACUUUUCACAGAAGAGAGACAGCAGGACUCAUUCCAAACUCUAAUACUACAAGAACAUGAAAAUAUUGGUCCUGACAAUUUUCUUGUCAGAAAAUCCUGGGAAGGCGCUUGUUACUUUAAAGGGCAACAAAGAUGUGAUUAUGCAAAAAUCAACCUUGCAACAACAAUAUACAACAAAAACGUCAUUACCAAUAAAGGUGAGAAAAAUCAGACAUCUUUCAAAAAUUCCCAUUUUAUGUCAAUACCUAGUUCACAAUCAGGUCCUUUUUUAAGAAAGGGUACACAUCAGGUUUUGGAAAAUAACUAUGCAGAGAAGAGACGUAUAGAUGAUUUGCAAAGUAAUGGAGACCAUGAGACAAUUAAUCAUCUGAAUUAUAUUGAACAUGGCACUGGAUUCAACAGUAAUUCAACAACUUCUCUAGACAACAGACUUAACUGUGAAGAAAAAUAUUCUGAAUGUGGUAAGUUUGAGAUGUCCUUUCCUAAAAGUUCAUUAGGCCUCCACCAAAAACUAAUUGUACCUUGUGCAAACAUCAAGUUACAUGAAUAUGAGAAGGCUUGUGUCAUGCCUCUAACCUUAAAAAAUCAACAAUGUAUUGAUGACUCUGCAAAACCAUGCACAAGUAAUGAACCUUCAAUGAUCUUUACCGAGGACUGUAUACUUAAGAGUUACCCAGAUACUUCUCUUGGGGUGACAAGUUGUCCUGGCAAUGACUCAUCCAAAGACAUUAAACAAAAACUAAAUCCUACUAGUCCUCUGAGAACACAUUUUCCAGUGAAUUGUCACAAAUGUGAUCCAUGUGGCAAGGUCUCUAAUCACUUCUCAAACUUUAUCCCUCAAAAUAUGCACACACAAGAAAAGCCUCUCAAAAGGCAUAAAUAUAGUAUAACUUUCAACCAAUCCUCAAAAAGUCUGCAAAAUGCAAAAACUAAUACUAGAGAUUACUCCAAGAGAUCCAAAUGUAACAGAAAGAGGAAAACCACGGACCAGUCAUCAAAUGUAAGUAAACACAGCAGAGUAAAUGACCAAGAAGUAUUGAACAAAUAUCAAGAAUGUGACAAAUAUUUUUGGCCCCAAGCAGUUCCUCAUGAAAAUCAGAAAAUAUGUACUGGAAAUAGUUCUUACACAUGUAAAGAAUUCAGUAAAUCUCUUUUUUAUUCUUCACAAUGCUUUGUGAAGCAGAAAUUGCACACUGCACUUAAACCACACAGAUGUAGACAAUGUGACAAAGCCUUCUAUAGUUUCUCAAACCUCAAAACACAUCAGAGAAUUCAUCCUGGUAAAAGACUUUAUGAAUAUGAAGAAUGUAGUAAACCUUCUGCCCAUUCAUCAAAAACUAUGCAUGCAAGAAUCCACACUGGAAAGAAACCCUACAAGUGUGAACAUUGUGAUAAAUAUUUUAAUUAUCCCUCAAGACUGCUUCUGCAUCAGAGAAUCCACACUGGAGAGAAACCAUACAAAUGUAAAGAUUGUGACAAAUCCUUCAGUCAAUGCUCACACCUUAAAAGACAUCAGAGAAUUCAUACAGGAGAGAAACCAUACAAAUGUAUGAAUUGUGACAAAUCUUUUAGUAGUUGCUCAAAUCUCAGAAUACAUCAGAGAAUCCACACUGGAGAGAAACCAUACAAAUGUAAAGACUGUUACAAAUCCUUCAGUCAUUGCACAAAUCUAAGAAUUCAUUACAGAAUUCAUAUAGGAGAAAAACCAUACAAAUGUAAGGAUUGUGACAAAUCCUUUAGUAAUUGCUCAAACCUCAGUAUACAUCAGAGAAUCCACACUGGAGAGAAACCAUACAAAUGUAAGGACUGUGACAAAUCCUUCAGUCAGCAGGCAACCCUUCAAAAUCAUCAAACUGUCCAUACUGGAGAAAAACCAUACAAAUGUAAAGAUUGUGACAAAUCCUUCAGUCAGUGCUCACACCUUAAAAGACACCAGAGAAUUCAUACAGGAGAGAAACCAUACAAAUGUAUGGAUUGUGACAAAUCCUUUAGUAAUUGCUCAAACCUCAGAAUACAUCAGAGAAUCCACACUGGAGAGAAACCAUACAAAUGUAAGGACUGUGACAAAUCCUUCAGUCAAUACUCACACCUGCAAUCUCAUCAAACUGUGCAUACUCGAGAAAAAACCAUACAAAUGUAA